AUGGAGAAGGCAAAUUGGAAUGCAGAAUACACUAGAAUUUUGUGUGAGAUAUGCAAAGAGGAGACAGAAGCAAAUAAUAGACCAUUGGGAUGUUUGGAUAGAAAAGGUUACAAGAACCUUGAGGAGAAGUUUUUUAAACAAUAUGGUCAGAAGCUGGUGAAGAAGCAACUAAAAAAUAAAUGGGAUUUACUAAAGAAAGAGUACACUGAGUUCAUGGUGUUGAAAAAUGGUGCAUCUGGACUUGGGUGGAAUGAUGCGAUGUCUACAAUUGUAGCUGAUGAUGACUGGUGGAAUAAUCAUCUUCAAAAAUAUCCAAAGCAUGCAAAGUGGAAGACAAGGGGGCCAGCCAACUUGAAGGAGAUGGAUGUCAUGUUUGACAAGACUCAUGUGACAGGGGCAACAGCCUCUAUCCCUGGAGAGUUGUCAGGCAGCGAUGAAGAUGAGGAUGAAGAUGUGUAA